CUCGUACGUUGACAUUUCGUGUGAGACUUCGAUUAAAAAUUUGGAUUUUGGAGUCACACGGAAGGCGGGAUGAUGUGACUACCAAAUGUCUUUCUCGUUCACAUGUCUUCUAUGCGACUCCAAUGUGGGACCAUAAUGUUGUCUAUUUGAUUUCUAGCCCGGUCUCCGGGGCUUCGCCAUGUCCAUAAUCUACGUGGGUGAUUUGCCUACUGUAUUGCCAAUUCUUUCAUUUCCCACUUUUGCGUUGAAGUCGCCCAUUACGUAGAUGAUGUCAUCUGAGUUGCAUUGUUUGUAAGGUUUGUCUAGAUCUUCGUAGAAAUUCGUGAUUGCAUCUUCAUCAGAGUCAGCUGUUGGUGCGUAACAUUGAAUAAAUGAGAUGUUAAAAGGCUUGCCGUGAAGCUUUACAAGAAGAACUCUGUCUGAAACCGCCCAAAAGCCUUUCAAACUCUUGGAGGUUUCUUUGGUAAGAGGUAUGCCUACUCCUCUUUCGUGUUGAUCCCCUCCAGAGUAGAAUAAAGUAAAGUUAUCUGUUGUGAAUGAUCCAGCACCGGUCCAUCUGACUUCGGCUAGUCCUAACACAUUGAUCUGCAACCUUUGCAUUUCUUUCUUUACGUUUUCUAAUUUUCCUUUUUGGAACAUAGUUCUUACAUUCCAGGUUCCUAUUUUGAGUGAAUUCUUCGUGCGAACAAUAGCCUGUUGACGAUCGAGUGUCACCUGCCGUGCAUGACCAUCUCUACCGAGUGAGGUGUGCUCUCUGAGAACCGCCUUCACGCUGUUGUUUUGACAUUUCAUAACCCGAAAAUUUAAUAACAUAUUAGUUUAUUUUUAUGGAUAGAUAUCCGAAAGUGUCAACUACAAACUGGAAAGUGAGCGAUAUUUUCGUAGAUUAGACGUGCUAUCGGAUUUCCUUGUAGCCCUAGAAUCAAUAAUUUUUCAGCGUGUCUCUCAUUUUCUUGUAUCAGCCAAAUAGAAAAUUCAUAACUUUUGAAUGAAGCAAUAGGGGCCCAAAGCAUUUAACUGUUUUUCCUAGGCCACUAUAUAGGAUGUAUGGGCAAGAGUUCUUUGAAAUCGGAGGUUGACAUCUGAAAAGGUUCCCUCGUGAGUGUAUGGAAUCAAUAUCGAUCUACACCAGAAUACCAAGAUACACUCAUUUAUAUGGAUUAUACCGUGGAGUUCAAUGAAGAUUUUGAAAAUCAAUAAAAAAUACUCUUGAGGAUUUCUAGAAAUUUUUGGAAAUUAGAGAAUAUGUUUUUAUUGAUCUUAGGUACAUAAUUAGGUUCAACAGAUAAAAUAGAGUAUGUCUUCAUAUUUUGAAGUAGUUCGAAUGGAUCGAGUUUGACAGAGUUAUGAAUUUUAAUUUUUGAUACAAAUAUCCAAAAAUGGAUUAUUCCACUAUACAGGUUUUAACAAGGUCUUUGAAUUUUAUUGUUUCAAGCAGCAUAGUCGAAAACGUAUGUUUGCAUUUAUUUUUCAGAUUCGAAGACUUAAGGAGUGGUCGAGACAUACCGUCGUGGAAUACGUGACACGUCCGAAUAGAAAUCUAAGGCUUUUUUUAGAGCACCAUCCGGUUGUUCGAGGUCACCUCCUGGAGUUCCAAAUCCACUCGUUUUUCAUCACACGGGAAUUAAUCAUGGCUAUUGUCUUCUACCACGCAAAAUAAACGAACAACCUAUCAAAUUCUAAUCAAAAUUUUCUGAGGAAAUGAGACUCACGAGAGACACACCGAAAAAUUAUUGAUUCUAGGGCUACGAGGAAAUCCGAUAGCACGUCUAAUCUACGAAAAGAUCGCUCACUUUCCAGUUUGUAGUUGACACUUUGUGAUGUCUACCCAUCAAAAUAAACUAAUAUGUUUCUAUAUUAAAUUUUCAGGUUAUGAAAUGAAAAUAAGUAAAGGAACAAUCUCUAUGUCUCAUGUAGAGUCCUGCGGGUUUAACUCGAUUGUUCGGGAUUUCGAAACUUUUUCUCGAGCUCGGGUCUAGGACGAGUUUGAGUUCAUCCGAAGGGAUCUCCGAUCGGGUUUCUGUUUUAAAGCUUACAUUAUUUUUCUGAGAGAACGUCUGCCAUUUUAUUCCAGAAAAAACUAAGAAAAGCAAAUCUAUUACUGAGCAUGCUAGACGUUUAUCACAAAAAUAGAAAUAUCAAGUCUUUUGUUAAGUCUUUUACUUUUCCACUGUCAGUAAAAACUAUCAGCACUUUGAUAGAGUUUCUGCUUCUUGACUGGUAAUUGUCCAUGCUCAUCAUUUUCAUCUGACUGUUUUCGCUUUCCAGUACCGUUAUCCAUCGGUAUUUGUGUAUCGAAACGUUUUAAUAAAGACAAAUUUCUUUCGAGAAGAGGAGCAUUACUUACCGGGCAAAGAGGGCAUUACUUUACUGGAAAAAAUUUACCGAGCUUAGGACGGGUUUUGUUCGAAAAAAUCGAGACCUGGAAAUUUUCUGACGGGUUCGGAACGGGUUUCAAAUUUACAAGAUCGGAUUCGAAAAUCUCAAACCCGCAGGACUCUAGUCUCAUGAUAUACUGGCAAUUAAAUGUUCACGCCGCACCGUGAUCUGAGACUUUAGCAAUUUUUCUGUUCAAUAUAUCUUACAUUUUAGUGAAACGAAUCUAUUUACAAAUGUUAUUCAUUUAAAUAUAACAUUAAAAGAUUGUACAGAAUUCGUUUUACUAUUUGAACGAAAUCGUUUACCAUAUCUUGAAUAUUUAAAUAUAUUAUUUCAAUUUAAUGCUAUUGAGGAGAAUUCCUAUAAUAUAUAUAAUCGAGAUAUCAUUUUAUUAAAUGAAAAUGAUUUUAAACGAAUAGCAAAAUACUUUUCAUCGACAUUAAAAUAUUUAAAAUUAAAAAAUAUUUUAUUUCAAAAUAUUCGACUAUUACUGACACAAUUGCCAUUGAAAUUUGUCGAAAAACUAGAUCUCUAUCAUAUUUAUACCUGGUGUGAUAAUGAUCGCGAUGUAUUCGAUGGUAUACAAUGGGAGAGUUUAUUGAACACAAAUUUACCAAAGUUAUCAAAAUUGAAUUUUAGUAUCUACCAUUAUGAUUAUUCAAUAAAAGAGGAAAGUAAAGAUGUAAUAAUACUUUCAACAAUGCAAACAUUUCGAACAUUGUAUUGGAUCGAACAUAAUUGGUUGGUUGAUUAUUCGACUGAUGCGGAACGAAAAUUAUUUGUUAUCUAUAUAGCGAGAAGAAAUAAGCAGGAAUUUAAAAAUGUCAAUUUAUUUAGUCAUAAAACAUUGAUAGUUAAUCAACACAAGAUUAAAUGGUGGUGGCAAUCACCUACAUUGUCAUUAUCAAGCUUAACGGAUACAGUAAAAAUAUUUUCGUCAAAUUUAAAAGUUUUAAAUAUAGAUUGUUCAAUGUUUGAACCACCACGAACAAUAGUAAUAAUGCAGGUAGGUGCUACAUUUAUAGUAGAAGUCUCCAAUUGCUCAUCGAAUCAAAAUUUUAAUCUCAAAAAUUUAAAAAACGGCUUAAUUUUGAAAAACAAACAAAACUCGAACACAUUGUGUUUGUUUUUUAACCUUGGAAGUUUUUUAUUCUUGUUCUCUGUAACAGUCUGAAUCUAAAAAAUAGUAUUUCAGUCCUGUUCAAGUAUACUAUGACUUGAAAAAUUUUAGUUUUUCGCUAAUAGCCAAAAUUCCGUUCAUGUUGGCGCAAAAUUAAAAUUAAAAUUUUAAAAUUUCCAGUUUUUUUAAAUUUCCGACAAUCAAACUUUUGAUUCAAAAGGUUAACACAUUGACCGCGAGUAACGCUCGUUGUUUAUUUCGCUCGUCGUCAUAAAAAGGGUUUUGAAUCAAAAUCUAUUCCGAUCGGGAGAUAAUCAAAACAAAACAUAUAGAUAAAAAAAGAUGAUGUUCGCGGAAAAUUUCGGCCAUACCACGCAAAAGAGCUUAAAAAACUGUUUCAGAUUCUUUUAUCCUUGUGACCAAUUCUUUCCUCCGAUCAGCCAUCUAUUUUUAAAUAAUUCUCGAAGGUCACAUUCUGCACUCUAAAAAGAAUGCGACUUCAGCGAUGUGUCUGCUGAGAAAAAGUGUCUUGUAUGUGACUAGAUUGCGUCUUCAAAAUAAUAGGUGUCUUCUAUAUGUCUUCAAUGCGUCUACUAGUAGGCCUAUAGAAGUCACAUUGGAGUCGCAUAGAAGACAUGUGAACGAGAAAGACAUUUGGUAGUCACAUCAUCCCGCCUUCCGUGUGACUCCAAAAUCCAAAUUUUUAAUCGAAGUCUCACACGAAAUGUCAACGUACGAG